CAUGUCCGAACACAAUACACUUCUAUAUCUGUUUCAAAUUCAAAUCUGUUGGCCUUUAAUCUUAAUUUUAAAACUAUCAGAUAAUUAAUUUUUAUUUCGUUGUUGUAAUCAAGAAUAUCCCACAACAAUACCAUCUAUAUAUCUCGAUCUCUCUUGAAGAAUUUAUUUUGGAAACUUCGACGAAUCGGUCUGAAGUGGGACAAGUAAUCCGCCAUUUUCUCCUCGGUCUCUCAGCUCAUCUCGUCACUAUCGGAUCUAGGUCUCCUUCUCUUUCGUUUCAAGGUACAAAAACAAGUUUCAAAUAUUUUUCUAUUUCAAUCACACCAGUUUCGUUCAGAUUUUAGAGUUCUUUUUUUUCUGGUUUUCUAUUUAUUUUAAAAUUAUAACCAGAGUAUGUUAUUCAUCCAUCAUUCAUAUACAGUCAUCACUCAGUAAUUCUGAGUUAAUUUCUGGGUUCGUAAACUCAGUGAAAAUUAUUUAAUUCCUUAUUAUUAAUCUAAAUGUAUCCCCCCCCCCCUAAGUCACGGCAUCGGAAAAAGGCAAAAACACAGCUGUGUUCCUUGCUUCAUGUAUAUACUGUAUUUAUUUUUCAUAAAAUAAUUUAUUUGGAAUUAAUGCACUAUAAAGUUACCUACUUUUGACAGGAUCUAAUAAAAACAUAAACCAAACUUCAAACUCUUUCUGUCUCUUUAAUCCUCUAAUCUAGUCUAUACUUUUAAUGUUUUUGACUUUUAUCUAUCUAUACCACGUGAUUUUUGAUUCGAUUUUUAGUCAUUUCUGGAAACCAGGCGUUAGCUGUAAUUCAUUUGUUUUUAAAAUUUGCUUUCGCUAUUAAAGGCGGCACAAGCGUAUGUGUGUGCGUCCUUUCGUCUCUAUUUGGUACAGAUCCUGUUCUUGAUUACAGAUUCAAGAACUAAGAGAUCGUUUUCAGAACUUCGAUUCUGGUCUGAAGCGUGAGUUCAUGGGGAUGAGUCUCGAUUUCGAUGUUGAUCUCGAGAAAGGAGUCCUCGACUACGACAAUGUUUAUACAAAGUCGCCGGAGAAGCCAUUGUUACCUAUGUCUCCGGAUAACAAACCGGUAAAAACCGGAGAAGAAACUGUCGGUUUGUUAGAAAACGAUGCAAGUCCGGUUCAAUGUGCGAUCAGUAAACCGGGAUGGGGGAAGAGCGACCGGAAGGAGAAACGCAAGAAAUCUGCGUCGAAGCCUCCUCGACCGCCGCGUGGACCGUCGCUGGACACCGCGGAUAUGAAGCUGAUAAAGGAGAUCGCUGAAUUGGCGAUGCUGAAACGCGCGAGGGUCGAACGUUUGAAAGCAUUGAAGAAAACGAGAGCGGCCAAAGCUGCGUCUGCGUCUGCGGCUUCUUCUCUUGGCAAUGUUUUGGCUUCGAUUCUCACCGCUAUUUUCUUCUUCGUCCUUAUUUUCCAAGGUUUGUCGCCAAGAGCAGCCGUUAGCUCCGGAAAACCCAACGGUGAUUUUGUUUCGGUUCAGUAUGCGGGGAACCCGUCCUCGAGCAAACCGGAUGGAAGUUAUACUGGUCCGGUUUUAGCAAGGAAAUUACCAAAUUUACUGAAACCGGUUUCCGGUUUGGAGAAUGAGAAGAGCAUGAAUAGAGUUUCACAAUGAAGCGUAAACCAAAGAGAUAGAACUGGACAGGUUCAUCACUGGUUGGCCAAACCAUUUUAUGGUUUAGAUUGUCGGUGAACCAUACACUCGUACCGAUAAAGUUUUUGGGCAAAGUUGGCUGCUUUCUCUGCGGCUAUGAAACAAUAACACUAUAGUUUUGUAAUAUUCCUCUUGAAGUAAAAUUAAGAGAAGUUACAAAUAAUAAAAUUACUGUCGCGUUAUUCAGUGUAUGUACCUUUUUUAGAUGUGCUACUAUAAAAUUAUGAUGCAAA